CACAUCUCUGUCAGUUCCUCCCGCGCUCGUCGGUAACGGCUGCCAGAUUCGUUCCUCUCCGGUCACUUCAACAUGUCUUUGGGCCGGUCAGCGAACGACCACAAGUCCGCCGCCGUGAAACGGGCGAGAAACGACUCCGGGAACAAAGUGUCCGUGGUUCUGGGAGCGCAGUGGGGAGAUGAAGGCAAAGGAAAAGUUGUAGAUUUAUUGGCGACGGAGUCUGACGUCGUGUGCAGGUGUCAGGGAGGAAAUAACGCCGGGCACACGGUGGUGGUGGAUGAGGAAGAGUAUGACUUCCAUCUUCUCCCCAGCGGGAUCAUCAACACCAAAUGCACAUCAUUCAUCGGUAACGGCGUAGUCAUUCAUCUUCCAGGAUUGUUCGAGGAGAUUGACAAGAAUGAGAAAAAAGGUCUGAAAGGAUGGGAUAAAAGACUUGUCAUCUCAGAUCGGGCUCACAUUGUAUUUGACUUUCAUCAGGCCGUGGAUGGACUUCAGGAGGUUCAGAGACAAGCUCAGGAAGGACAAAACAUAGGAACAACUAAGAAAGGCAUCGGCCCCACGUACGCCUGUAAAGCGUCUCGAACCGGGCUCCGCAUCUGUGACCUGAUGGCUGAUUUCAGCGAGUUUUCUACCAGGGUGAAGAACCUGGUGCUGCAGUAUCAGUCCAUGUAUCCGGCUCUGAAAGUGGACGUGGAGAGCGAGCUGAAGAAGCUGAAGGACUACGCCGAGAGGAUCAGGCCUCUGGUCAGAGACGGCGUCUAUUUCAUGUAUGAUGCAAUUCACGGGUCGCCGAAGAAAAUCCUGGCGGAGGGAGCAAACGCGGCACUGCUGGACAUCGACUUUGGAACGUACCCGUUUGUGACGUCGUCCAACUGCACGGUGGGCGGCGUGUGCACAGGCCUCGGCAUCCCGCCGGCGAACAUCGGCGAAGUGUACGGAGUGUCAAAGGCUUAUACCACUAGAGUCGGGAUCGGCGCUUUUCCCACAGAACAACUCAAUGCUGUGGGCGAGCUGCUGCAGACCAGAGGUCAUGAAGUGGGCGUGACCACAGGCAGAAAGAGACGCUGUGGUUGGCUGGAUUUGGUUAUUCUCAAAUACGCUCAUAUGAUCAACGGAUUCACUGCCAUUGCAUUGACUAAACUGGACAUCCUUGAUGUUUUGGAUGAAAUUAAAGUGGGUGUUGCUUAUAAGAUCAAUGGCAAGAGAGUCCCAUAUUUCCCAGCCAACAUGGAGGUGCUGCAGAAGGUGGAGGUUGAAUACGAGACGUUUCCCGGAUGGAAGACGGACACGUCAGCGGCUAGGAAGUGGAGCGAUCUUCCUCCUAAAGCUCAGAACUACAUCCGCUUCGUGGAGAAUCGCAUCGGCGUUCCUAUUAAGUGGGUUGGCGUGGGAAAAUCCAGGGAAUGCAUGAUCCAGAUGUUCUAGGUUCAGGAAGAUUCCUGCCCACAAUCCUCCUGAAGACUAUCAGCACAGCGGGACUCUUGGUUUUACUGGUUGGCAUUCAUUAAGCUCUCUUAACAAUGUUUUACUUGAUGGAAGAUCAGCUCUGAAUGGCUGUUUAUGUCCAGGCGUUGUAACCAUCAUCUAUCGGUCACGUUCACACCAAUCAUAAAGAGUGGCGCUAUUGUUAAUGUUGAGUUUUUUGGCGUUUGAUCAUGUUUUGUUGAAUUGCACUCUGUUGUUUCCAGUGAGACACACAAAGCGAAACCCCUGAAACUGUGUAUUUCAUUGUUUUGGUUGUAUGCAUUUCAUUUUCUGCUCUUAGAAUAAUGUCUCUCCAUUAAAAGAGUUUUUCCUUUG